CUCAAUGGCAACUUCCUGGAAGGAUCCAUACCAUCUGACCUGUCCAACCUGCUGUCUCUCUAUGAGAUAGACCUCUCGGCCAAUCAGCUGUCAGGAUCGCUCCCUCCCAUCUUCACCAGCGCCAUGCCGGACCUCAGCAUCAUUCGCUUGUCCCAGAACCAGCUGCAGGGCCCCUUGCCCCAGUCCCUCUCAUCCUGCUCCCAGCUCUACACGCUCAACCUGUCUCGCAACUACUUCACUGGUCUCAUCCCCUCCCUCCCCUCCGCAACUUCUCUCCUCUCGCUCGACCUCUCCUCCAACUUCUUCUUUGGCUCGGGCGUCCCCCUCGACUCCUCCGGCGCCCCAAUCUGCCCCUCGCUCUUUCUCACCGUCAACACAGCCGAUAACUGCCUCACUUUUGACCCCUCGGCGUGUGACGGUGGUGGUAGUAGCGGUGGUAGUGGCAGUGGAGAUGGGGCUGUUGCGACUAGAAGCGUGGGUAUGAGCAGCGGUGGUGACAGUGGCGCGAUAUGGAGCGCUGCCAGUGACACUAGUAGCGGGAGUGGUGAUGGGGCUGUUGCGACUAGAAGCAUUGGUGUGAGCAGCGGCAGCAGCAGCAGCAGCAGCACGGCCAGUAUUGCUGCUGCCGAAGCCUCUCCUGAUAGCACCACUGCUGGUGAUCUUGCUGUCUCCUCUCCCCAUGUCCUUGCCCACCUGGCAUCCCAUGAAGGCAAAGAGAGCGCGGCCUUUCUGGGGCACACAGAAAGGGAGGCGUUUGUGGGGCACAUAGAAAGGGAGGCCUUUUUGGGGCACUCAGAGCGGAUGGCCAUGCUGGGAGACAGGGUGGAGAGGAAAGGAGAGCAAGCAACUUCUGAGGCGCACGUCGUUCUUGAAGGCACCGAGCCUCGCUCGCGCGCCCAUCUGGCAUCGCAUGAGGACAAUCAGAGGGCGGCCUUUUUGGGGCACACAGAGAGGGCGGCUAUGCUGGGAGACAGGGGGAACAUGGGAGGCGACCUGCUGGGCCCGUUGCAUAAGGGCAACCGCAGAGGCAACAGCAGAGACAACAGCAGAGACAACGGCAGAAGACGCAGAGAAGAAGGCAGGGAGGUGGAAGGGUGAUGGGACUUAUGAGCAGUCUGCAGAGCCGCUGGAGCAUGCACGGCGCUUGGCAGUGAUAGCAGCAGGUCGAAUUCGCAAGAAGAAACCGCAAAAACAGCCACCACCACCACCACGACCACAAGCACCACCACCAUCACCACCCCCUCCUCCUCCUCCCUCCCCCCCUCCAGCUGUGACAGUACAGAGUGUGAUUCAACCGCAGCGAACGGCAGCCCAGUGCCAGAGCUUCUGUGGAACGAGUUUCAGCCAAACAGGGGGGGC